UAGUAUUAUAAAAAUGUGCGGAUUUGAAGUAACCGACAUUAGUGAUGUAAGAAGUGGUGCUUAGUUUUUCAUUUAAAUAUAAACAUGUUUUUGUUUUUUUUAAUUUUUUGUAAAAUUGUGUUCUGUGAAGGAUCCGAUAAAAAUAACAUUGUCUCGGAUCGUCUAGCAAACGUUACACAAACCAUAUCUAGACUAUUAGAGGGAUAUGAUAUUAGACUUAGGCCCAAUUUUGGAGGCGAACCCUUACUUGUGGGAAUGGAUUUAACAAUAGCUAGUUUUGAUGCUAUUUCCGAAGUGAACAUGGACUACACCAUAACUCUUUAUUUAAAUCAGUAUUGGAAGGACGAAAGGCUAGCUUUCAGCAGCGAUGACGAAAUUCUAACGCUUUCUGGGGAUUUUGCAGAGAAAAUUUGGGUUCCAGAUACAUUUUUUGCUAACGACAAAAACAGUUUCCUACAUGACGUGACUGAAAGGAAUAAACUCGUGAGGCUAAAUGGUGAUGGAUUCAUAGUUUACGGGAUGAGGUUCACAACAACUUUGGCCUGCAUGAUGGAUCUGCACUAUUACCCGCUGGAUUCGCAAAAUUGCACCGUAGAAAUAGAAAGUUAUGGUUAUACAGUAGUAGAUGUAGUUAUGUAUUGGAAAUCGACACCCGUCCGAGGAGUUGAAGAAGCCGAACUACCUCAAUUCACCAUCAUGGGCUGGGAGACCAACGACAGAAAAGAAAGAUUGGCUACUGGAACUUAUCAAAGAUUAUCGUUGUCUUUUAAACUCCAGAGGAAUAUUGGUUAUUUUAUUUUUCAAACAUAUUUACCUAGUAUACUCAUCGUAAUGUUGUCGUGGGUAUCAUUUUGGAUCAACCACGAAGCUACCAGUGCUAGAGUCGCCUUAGGUAUCACUACCGUAUUAACCAUGACAACAAUCAGCACUGGUGUUCGUAGUUCCCUACCUAGAAUCAGCUAUGUUAAAGCUAUAGACAUCUAUCUAGUGAUGUGCUUCGUGUUUGUUUUUGCUGCACUGCUUGAAUACGCAGCCGUAAACUAUACUUACUGGGGGGCGCGGGCGAAAAAGAAGAUCAAGAAGCAUAAAGACACCACCGAAGAUUGUAAAAUAGGGACCAAAGUGGCUACUGCCCAGUCAAGUAUAGGCAAUCAAGAUAUCAUAGAACUUAAAGACGUGAAAAUGAGUCCGAUAGCUUCAAUAAGAAAUAGAUAUAAUUCAGGGUAUACUUAUGACGUGGAUCCAUCCAAGUACCCUCCCAGUUUCCGUAUUUUGAGGACACAGAGCCCUUAUAACUACAGAUCCCCAUCUGGAGUUAGAUAUAGAGGAAAUAAAGGAAAUCCAGUCCACAAGCCUAAAAUGUUCCAUGCCAUUAGAAAAGGAGCAUUAGUUCUGAAAUCAUCUCUGCCAAAAAUAAAAGACGUCAACGUCAUAGACAAAUAUUCCAGGAUAGUUUUUCCUGUCACAUUCUUGAUGUUUAAUGUUGGAUAUUGGCUAUUUUAUUUUUUGGAAUAAUUGUUUCGCAAGCAAUAACAUCACAUAAUUCUAUUUUUGUCUUAUUACUAAUUUCAAGUACGGUUAACAAAUUCGUAUGCGCGCGCACUUUAAAUUUGAACAUUUGAAGUGUGAUAAAUAAAUCCUAGUUUCUGAAAAAAACCAAAACAUAUACGAUGACAAUAUAACAGAAACAUGAUUGCAAACGAUGAAAUUUUUGUCAUUCUGAAUUAUUCUAACUUAAAACGUUCACAAAUAAUGAGUACGCAUGCGAAUUUGUCAGAAUCAAGUCAGGAAUCGGUUUUGCGAACAAAACUAAUGUUAGUCGAUUUUCUCAGUUGAUAGGCCAGUAGGUAGAGACGUACAAAUUGAAAAAUGUUACAUUAAUUUUUUAAACUUUGUGGUAAGAUAAAGUACCGAAUGAAUCGAAAAUAGCCAAUUUUCUAACUCGACAACAUUGCUAAAAUGACAAAAAACCAAUAGAUUGCUUAAAAAUGAAACGGCUGCCAAUUUAAUUUUUUUUUUUUGUUUUUUUUUUUUUAAUAUUUAAGCUGGAG